AUGAAGCCCAGCACAUCAUCGACGCUGGCCAAUGCCUUUAGAGGGCUGCAAAUCUGUGGCCCAUCGCCAUUGCGACAAAUUCGAACGCCUUGGCUCCGGCAAUCGGCAGUUUUGUCCACAGCCUGGGCGCAACAACCAAAGUCCUUCUCGACAACGGCACCCGUAUUUGGAACAUGGCUCGAGCCCGAUAUCAACCGAAAGAAGAAAAUGGCCAAGGGGCGUGCGCGUGUGGCCACUGGAGGUUCGACAAAGGGGACUACUGUCAUCUGGGGCGACUAUGGCCUGCGCAUGACGGACAAGCAACGUCGCAUCCCCGCAAAGUCGCUGAAGAUGGCGGAGGACACUAUUAAGACGCGACUCCGAGGACAGAAAUACCGACUGUACAAGCGCAAGUGCUGCAACAUUGGUGUCUACGUCAGCGGUAAUGAGAUGAGAAUGGGUAAGGGAAAGGGUUCUUUUGAUCACUGGGCGACGCGAAUGGCAGUUAGCCAGAUUCUGUUUGAGGUUCGCGGACGCAUCCACGAGCAGAUUGUUCGUGAUGCAUUCCGACUGGCCGGGAACAAGCUACCUGGACAAUGGGAGUUUGUUAAGAAGGGUGAGGCGCCAGUUGUCGGCAUCACCAAACUCGACGGUGUUACGCUUGAAGAGCUCAAGCGUCCCAGACGCCAGCUUCCACCGGUGCAGAUUAUCGAAGAGGCCGGCACUGCUCCGUCGAUCUCAGAGGGCUGUGGCCAGCAGCGACAUGUCUUGAUAGAGGGUUGA